AAAGCGGUCCAACCGGAAGAUGUGGUUGACCCCAUGUUAGACCGCACCGAUCAACAGUAUUUGGAGUACGUUCGCAUGGCGAUGGAGAUCCCAACAUGUGAUGGGAUUUUGCUGAACAUAUGGGAAGACCUGGAACCCAAAACAUUGGAAGCAUUGAGAGACGAGGAGCUCUUGGGUCAGCUUUGUAAGGCUCCGGUUUACCCGGUUGGACCAUUAACGAGGCCGCCCAAACCACUUGAUUCUAGGAGUGGUGAGUUAUUUAUUUGGUUAGAUAAGCAACCCAGUGAAUCUGUCAUCUAUGUAUCAUUUGGAAGUGGUGGAACUCUGUCCUUGGAGCAAACGGUCGAGCUAGCUUGGGGUCUUGAGCUAAGUCAACAAAGAUUUAUUUGGGUGGUACGCUCACCUUCAAGAAAAAAAGGAGACGGGUCAUUUUUCAGUGCAGGGAGCGGUGAGGCUAGCAGCAUGGCAAGCUGCUUUCCUGAAGGUUUCCUAGAUCGAAUUCAAGAAGUGGGUUUGGUGAUUCAAGAUUGGGCUCCUCAAGUGGACAUCUUGAACCACCCAUCAGUGGGAGGGUUUAUAUCUCAUUGUGGAUGGAAUUCGACUCUGGAGAGCAUCACCAAUGGAGUGCCUAUGAUUGCAUGGCCACUAUACUCCGAGCAACGGAUGAAUGCUGCUUUGCUAACCGAAGAGCUUGGUGUAGCCGUGCGACCAAGCAUUUUGGCAUCAGAAGGAAUGGUAGGAAGGGAAGAGAUAGAGAUGAUGAUUAGAAAAAUCACGGUAGAUAAAGAAGCGACUAACAUAAAAAACAGGGUAAAAAAACUCAAAUACAGUGCAGCAGAGACCAUAAGCAAGGGUGGUUCCUCUCAUAAUGCGUUGUCUCUUGUGGCCAAACAGUGUGCGCUAAGCUGGAAAAGCAUGGAGUUGAAAGCAUCGUGAAAUGCUUGAUAUUUUGUUGUAUUUCCUUUCAUGUGUGCUAGCACAUAUUCUCUUUAGAUUGUUCUAGACAGAGGAAGAUGGCCUUGAGAAAGACGGGAAGGAGAGACGCUCUCUCCACAGGGUAUGGUUGGAUGAGAUUUACUUCUCUCCGCCUGGUGUGUAGUUGGAUAAGAUUUAGC